CCACCCCCAGUCUAUAGCCCCGGGCCCUCGAAGUCUCUGCACUGCCCUGAUGUCCGAUGCAUAUACUACACGUGCGUAUACUAUAGCAUAUUGUGAACACAUUAUACAUAAAUCGCUGUGUAUGUUUCUUUUAAAUGUAAAAAACUGGUUUGACACUGUUCACAUAUGGUAGACUUAAAUUAUACAUAAAUUAAAUAUAAAUAGGAAUAUUGUGUUGAUUUUCUCUUUUAAUUAAACAAAUGCCAUUUCCAGCAUGUUACUCUUAUUUAAUUAAAAGACCCCUAUUAGAUAUCUAUUCAAAGACCGUACGGUUCAUGUACCUACGUGACACAUGGCCAUCUGUGACGUGUAACCCGAGCGCUGCCCGUAGCGAAUAGGUGCGGCGGGGUGGGAAGGGUUAAGGAGCGGCAGAAAAACUCGGCUCGGCGGCGGUAAUUAUCAGAUGCUCCUCUACUGAAUGACUGGCGAAGAACAAGGAGGAUGAAAGGAAAAGAUAUGGAGUAUUUUUUCAGACGGAAGAGAGUGCUGAAAACACUAAUAAGCUUGAUUUUAGCUUUUGGUACGUUGUUAAUGUUUCAAAAGCUCAAGCUGGUGGAAAACAACGUUAAGGAAAACCUCAUGAAAAGCAAAUAUGCCGCUGGGUUCUUGGACAUACAAAGCGAUUUAUUUAGAAGUGCUUUGGGAAACAAUUCGCCACCGGGACUGGGGGAGAAAUUUCCUGCGGAGCGCGCGUCUGUUUCCAACGCGACCCAGGCUGCAUGGGAUGUGAACACAAUUAACUGCAGUGAGAAUGUAGACCUAAAGGAAAAAGAGUGGUUUCAGCGACUGGAACCCAGAUUUCACCAAUUUGUGUUGCACAGACACUGUAGGUACUUCCCGAUGCUGAUUAACCACCCGGAGAAGUGCCAGACUGGAGACGUGCAUCUACUGAUGGUGGUAAAGUCGGUUAUAGAGCAACACGACAGACGAGAAGUAGUACGAAAGACCUGGGGAAAGGAACGGACAAUCGAUGGUAAAAUCAUAAAAACGCUAUUUCUACUAGGUACCCCCUCUGCAGGAAAAGAUACAAGAAACCUACAAAAACUGAUCGAUUAUGAGGAUCGGCUUUAUGGAGAUAUCUUGCAAUGGGAUUUUAUAGACACCUUUUUUAAUUUGACUCUGAAGGAGGUCAAUUUUUUGAAAUGGUUCAAUAUUUAUUGUUCUCGGGUGAAGUUUAUAUUUAAAGGUGACGACGACGUAUUUGUCAACACUAAUAACCUAAUGGACCUUAUUGAUUUUAAGACAGAAGAGAGAAAGGUACGCAAUCUGUUUGUUGGGGACACUAUUUCAAAAGCAAUUCCCAUUAGGAACCGGCAGAGUAAGUAUUACAUACCAAGAGAACUGUUCGACAAACCCUACCCGCCCUACGUAGGUGGCGGUGGAUUUGUAAUGUCAGGUCAGUUAGCGCAAAGGUUAUUUGCAGCUUCCGAAGACCUGGAGCUUUAUCCCAUCGAUGACGUGUUCCUGGGAAUGUGCCUGCAAAGGCUGCACCUUUCCCCAGAGAUGCAUGCGGGAUUCAGAACCUUUGGCAUAAUGAAACGCCAAGUCAGUCCCAUGAAUAGCGACCCGUGCUUUUACAGAAACCUCAUCGUAAUCCAUAAACUGGGCCCACAGGAGUUGCUUAGAAUGUGGAAUAUUGUGUACAAUAAAAAACUUAUUUGCGCCAAAAAAGUAAUACUUUCACUGUGAACCUUUUUUUGUAAGGGAUCCCUAAAGGAAUACAUCGUUCAUAUUUUACUGGAAUGCCAUAAGCUCAUUGAUGGAAUUAUAGUUUGUUAUAUAAGUUAUUGACUGGUUGUGGUUUUAUUGCACAUUGUACACGUUGUAUUUGCUGAAAUCCAAUGUCUUUGUCUGUACAUUGAAAUGUUCGUUAGAUAAAUAAACAUACUUUUGCUAUAACUACACACUGUUGAUGGAAUUUGAAAGGGCUGCGUUGAAAAGAGUGUGUCACGGGACGCUACGCUUACGACGCGUUUGAACGGAGAUCAGUCGUCAUGUAUUUCUAACGCCAACGCUUUUGAACUUGUUAAAUUCAGAACCGCAAGUGCAAUUUCUUAAGAUAACUGUAAGAAGACAUGUUCCUCAAAAAAGACUUCUAAAUGUAAAACUUUUUGACGUAUAUGACAGAUAACCUGGACAAUAGCUAUUGUCACGUAUAAACAUGUAUUUCGCACACCAA